AUGGACCCAUUAUUUUGCAGUAUUUGUACAGUCGCGUUUGGAAAACCUACAACUGGCGUCGUCCGUCCAACUAAUAUUAACAAGGCAUCCUAUCAAGUAUCGGUGCGUCUAAAGGUCUACGAACAACUGGGAGGUUAUGGCUAUGGGCACAUCUGUGGUGGAGCUGUCAUAUCAGAGGCGCUUGUAGUCACAGCCGCGCAGUGCACGCUAAACACCGCUGUAUUGCCGCUUACAUACCGCAAUCCCGAUGAGUUUACAUUGGUGAUGGGCUCGAGCUUUCUGCAGGAGAAAAACGCGUAUGUCUUGCAGUAUGAUGUGGAGGCAGUGUUGCCAUUUCCCGCAUUCAAUUCGACGUCGCUUGAGAAUGAUAUAGCGUUGUUGCACAUCAAGGGUUACAUACCCUGGGAAUGGCCUACUGUGCGACCGAUUUCCCUGCAAACCACUGCAGUCCAGCCCAAUACAACGUGCCGCAUUGGUGGUUGGGGAAAGUUGUCGCGGGCAAGUAUUGCUCAUUCAAUGUUAUAUACUUAUAUGUACCUACAUACUAUCUAUGGCUUGAGUAAAGUGUUUUUUUCUUCACAUUCACAGCAACAAAGAGAUAUGUCCGAUGUUUUGCUGAGUGCUCCCAUACCCACUAUCAGCUAUGCGGAAUGUUCGAAAAAUUAUGGUUUUAUACCUGAAGGAAUGCUUUGCGCUGGCUAUGCGCAGGGUGGCGUAGAUGCUUGUGAAGGCAAUGCUGGUGGUCCGCUGGAAUGUUCGGGUCAGCUGGCGGGCAUUGUUUCGUGGGGCAUUGGUUGUGGAUAUGCCGGCUAUCCAGGUGUAUAUACAAACGUCUCCUACUACAGUCAAUGGAUUCAGAAUGUUAAUACUCCAAGUAAUGACAAAAGUGACAAAAGUAUUGCGAUUAGUUCUUUAAAAACUUCAAAACAUACAUGGCUUUGGACUGUGUUUGCAAGUUUAAUGGUGUUAUAAUUAAAAAAAAAUUAUACAGAAUAUACAAAAAAAAAAUGGAAUCUUAAUAAGCUUAGUAAU